GGUUAUCACCUGAGCUUAUAGCUCUUGUCUGGUUUGCUGGACCACUUUCCGGGUUUGUGAUACAACCACUUGUCGGUGCAUUUAGCGAUAAAUGCACAUCUAGGAUGGGUCGACGAAGACCAUUUAUUAUUAUUGGUGGGAUAUUAGUUUGUAUAUCUAUGGUCUCUAUCGCAUAUUCAAAGGAAUGGGCUAUGAUAUUACUUGGUAAAAACUCUUCCCAAGUAACAUUGGAUAAUGAAGAAAUUAGACACAUGGCAAUUAUUAUUGCUGUUAUUGGAUUUUAUUGUUUAGAUUUUUCUUUAAAUGCUGUUCAAGCUUCUAUUC